AUGGAGACAACCGAUCCGAUUCUCGUCCAUCUUUCUCCUCAAAUUCGAGGCCCAAUCGUGCUCGCCGCUGGUAUUCUCUGUAUGCUUAGUUAUGGAGUCGUUUACACGUUUGGAAAUCUUCUCCCCUAUUUGGUUUCCUAUAUCCGAUGGCAGAUCGAUCCAAAGAAAACUGCUGGCGAAAUGAUCUGGUUACAAACGAUCAUGAACGGGAUCCCGUUUGCAAUGAUUGUUGGAGGGAUUCUCGAGCGAAAGUUAGGCGGUCGAGCCGCCGCAUUGAUUGGAUCUUUGCUUUAUACUCUGGGUUGUUUUGCAUCAUAUUGGACAGUGAAAAUGUCAUAUGGCUGGUUGUUGGUAUCGUUUGGAGUGGUGAUGAGUUUUGGGCAAGGAAUCGCCUACAAUGCUGUUCUUUGCACAGCGCAAAGGUGGCUUCCGAAUAACGUGGGUUUGGCUGGUGGUUUGAUUGUCGGUGGAUUCGGGUGUGGUGCAUUUAUUCUGGCUCCUUUACAAACGACUUUCAUCAAUCCAUUGAACUAUUCAGUGAAUAAGGAUGGAUAUUUCACACAAGAGGACUUACUUGAAAGAGUGCCAAGCGUUUUCCUUGUCAUGGGUUUGUUGUUUGCAGUAUUUCAAACGAUUGGGUUAACUUUAUUGGGUGAACCGGUUGAGAAUCCAAGCAUCGAAGACGAGCCCCUUCUCGUCACUCCACCCACCGAGUCUUCCCUUCAAGAAAUGCUCUGCUCAACCACAUUUCUCAUGCUCUUUUUGACGCUUACAUUUAACGCAAUUUGGGUUCAAGUGACUAGUGGAUUGUACAAGGCAUUCGGUCAACAAUUUAUCUCAUCCGAUAUAUUUCUGUCGUUGAUCGGCUCUUUCUCCUCGAUAUUCAACUGCGCUAGUCGAGUCUUUUGGGGUCUAAUGGCGGAUAAUAGCUCUUAUCAAUCCUCGAUGGCCAUUGUGUGCACAUUGGGAGCAGUGUUGAUGUGGUUGUUGCCAUUUGUGAAGAGUAUCGGUGAUCAAUGGCUUUUUAUGGCUACUAUUUGUUUGAUGUUUGGUUGUGUCGGUGGCACGUACAGUCUUCUCCCAUUCGCCACUCAUCGAUGUUUCGGAAGAGCUCAUUUUGGACUCCUUUAUGGAGCGAUACAGUCAUCGAUUACUCUAGCCGGUGUAAUCACAGCACUUCUUUCACAAUUCAUUCUUCCCAUUCUCGGCUAUGAAUAUCUCUUCUUGAUUUGCGGUGGUUUCAUGGCGAUUUCGCUUGUUUUAACGACACUUAUCCAUUUCACUCCAUACGCUUUAAUCAGGGAAAUCGAGGAAAUCGUCGUCAGCCGACGCCAAUCCCAUUUCAGUCACUCCAGU